UCUCCCUCGCUGAGUGUCUACUGUGGAUAAUUCAAAGUAAUGAAUCACAGCAAUUACAGUGAUUAUAAGGACGCCACAGCGUUGAAUGAUCUUCCCGUGGAUCAUGACGCUCUCAGCACGCCACCUUCCGGGGAUCAUGUCGCUCUCAGCACGCCACCUUCUGCUGAAGCAGAAUUACCACCUCGCAAAUUCUUAUGGCUAAUCCCUUUGGCACCCCACGUCCACCCUAUCAAACUGUUAGCUUUCAUUAUCUCCACAUUUGCCGGUCUAGCACUCAUUGUGUAUCUGUCCAUGUCACAAACCUACGUUCUCACCACCAUCCUCGCUAUAUCCGCCAAUACCGGUGAUAUCACCGGUUCUCUCGCUUUGUAUGGUGAAAUCGUCUCGGUCAUUGCCGUCGUCCUGUGGGGCGUGGUAUCCGACCGUGUGCAGAAAAGAACCAUCAUCACCUUCUCUCUGAUGUUAAUGGGUAUCGUCAAUAUCGCUUAUCCUCACGUGAAAGACGUUUACCCCGACAUGUUGAUGCUGAAACUCAUCUUCUCGGCCGGUACAGCUGGUAUGACGGCCAUGAUGGCCGCCAUGAUGAUGGAAGUCGUCCAUGGUUCCGGUGGCUACGUUGCUGCUCUGAUCGGUGCCAGUUGUGGUCUCGGUGCUGUGUUUGCCGCUCUUUUCUUGGGUCGAACUCACGUGCUUCUUGCCCAUAAAUUGGGUUACGCCAAUGACGGUAUCAUUCUCUCGUUCUCGACGGUCGGUGCGUGCACGAUCUUUGUUGCUUUCCUUCUUUGGUUCUUCAUGCCCGGCCGGCCUCCGGCUAGUUACUAUACCAAUGGUGUACCUCCUCGUCGGGAGAACUUCUUCAAGCGUCUCUACAUUGGCUUCAAAGCGGCCAAGGAACCCCGCAUUGCUCUCGGUUUCGUCACCAGUUUCUUUGCCCGUGCAGAUGAAAUCAUUAUCACCAAUUUUAUUACCCUCUGGAUCAACCAGUACUACAUUGACCAAGGCACAUGUCAAGUCGGUAGACCCUGUUAUCAAGCCAUGGGUACCUCGUCCACGUUGACCGGUAUCAGUCAAGCCGUCGCCCUGGUAUCCACUCCCUUCUUUGGCGCAGCCAGUGAACAUUUCCCGCGUGAAUUUGCUGUUGUUGCCGCCGGUAUCAUUGGUGCUUGCGGUUGUAUACCUUUUGCCUUUUCCAUUGAUCCUACCUCCAACGCGUGCAUGGCAUUUGUCGUUUUGCUAGCCAUAGGUCAAUUCGGUAUGAUCACUUCCGGUAUGGCACUUAUUAACGGCCCCUACGUUGCUCCGGAGCAUCGUGGUAGUGUCGCCGGUGCAUAUUCCUUCUGUGGUGCCAUUGGUAUCAUUAUCAUUUCCAAGAUCGGCGGUGUCCUCUUUGACAAGUGGAUGAAGGGUGCUCCUUUCUUGUUGCUUGGCAUUGGCCACUGUAUCGUUACUGUAUUAUGUAUCAUCGAAUACGCGGCAAGACUCUUCAAGGAGAGACGCCAAAGAAGAGCACUUCAACAAUUAUAAUAUUUCUCUUCCUUCAUACAUGAACUUGUAUCUAUAGUCAUUGCUCCCAUCUCCGUCAUGUUCUUCUCUUUUUGUUUUUUACCAUCGUUUAGUUUUUCUACUUUCCUACGAAGGGUUUGAUAUCCUCACCUUUUUCAUCCUAAUGAAUAAAUCCCAGUUUAUGAUAUCACUGUUUUCAAUUGCAUUCACACAUGAUACCUUUUUUUUUCACUUCGUUACCCGUCAAUAAAACGGGAAUUUCGGUUUC